AUGAUUAAAAGCCAUGGCGGUAUGCUGGACUGUUCAAAAUACAGGGCUUUUCAGAUACAUUGGGAAGAUGGAGUGAUUUCUCUUGUUAGAAAAUGUCGCCUUGGAAAGUGGUUGCAAAUUUUGAGUUGGAAAGAUUCUCAUCCGAGACCAGUCAGAUACAUUGGAGUAACGACGGGAUCGUGGGCUUCCAGCACGUGGAAGUUUAACCAGGAUGUUGUGGAAGAUCCAGAUUCCAAACGAAUACUUGAAUUCGAGACUGAUAUGCAGAGAGGUCUCAACUAUUACUACAAACACCUGACAGAUUUCAAAUACGAGUUGGGUCACCGGACAUCCAUAACAUUCAGUGUCAAAGCCUGUAGUGACAUUCACGUCGCCCUUCUAUCGAGAGACGUUGGUGCAUGUGAUAUGUACGAAGUUCUUAUAGGUGGAUAUGCAAACACACUGUCAACUAUUCGCCGCGGGAAAAACGGAUACAAUUUCGUCACAAAAUCCUCCUCUCCAGCCGAUUGUAAUGCGUUUAAAUCGUUUAAAAUCACCUGGGAUCUGGGUCUGGUCACCGUUUGGUACGAAAGUGAAAUUGCCACAUGGCAUUUCUUGAUGUCGUGGAGAGAUCCUAAACCAAUCAAUGUUCGGUAUAUUGGCAUGACAACAGGAAAGGCCACUUCUGGAACAUGGAAAUUACAGCUUUAG